AUUUCUUUUCCGGGUCACGCAAGUAACUUCCUCUUUCGGUUGUUGUCUAGUACGUGUGAUCACAGAAGUUGCAAUGGCAAAGUCAAAGAAUCACACAACCCACAACCAGUCCCGCAAAGCCCACAGGAACGGGAUCAAGAAGCCCACCUCUCACCGAUAUGAGUCUCUGAAGGGGGUGGACCCCAAGUUCAUGAGGAACAUGCGUUUUGCCAAGAAACACAACAAGAAGGGUGCCAAGGCCAUGGCCCCCAAGGCAGUGGCCCCCAAGGCUGAUGCCCCGAAAUAGUCAGCUAGAGGAUCCCUGUUUGUCCUUGUUCCAUAGACUUUGUCAUCACAAUAAAGCUAUGCUUUGUUAAAAAAAAA